AUGAGUGGAAGACCCAGGUCGAGGUGGGGUGCCAGGCUCUUCAGGGCUCCUUCUGAGGAGGCCAGCAGCGGCUCGAGCAGGAGCGCUGUGUUCGUCGAGCAGGAAAUCCCUGACGGCAGCGGGUUAACUCGACCACGGAAGCCUGUCACGAGUAUGGUGUUUAUACUGACUUUUCUUCUUCUAGGAUUUAGAAAUCACAUGAGGCUUAAAGAAAAUGAGUUUCUUCACAAAUCCAGACAAUUUUAUGCUGUAAUUGCAGAAUAUGGUUCACAGCUUUACAAUUACCAGGCCAGGCUUCGAAUGCCAAAAGAGCAACUGGAACUUUUAAAGAAGGAAAGCCAGACUUUGGAAAACAACUUCCGUGAAAUUCUAUUUUUAAUUGAAGAAAUAGAUGUUCUGAAGGCCUUACUUAGAGAUAUAUGGGAUGGUCAGCACAGUUACAGCUGGACUGCAGACAGAGACCCCGCUGAAGGCUGGGACCACACUGAAGCUGUGGACGAGGAAAUGUCAAACUUGGUAAAUUAUGUACUUAAAAAGUUGAGAGAAGAUCAAGUCCAGAUGGCCGAUUACGCCCUUAAGUCAGCAGGAGCCUCUGUUCUUGAAGCUGGGACCUCAGAAAGUUACAAAAAUAAUAAAGCAAAACUCUACUGGCAUGGGAUUGGGUUCUUAAAUUAUGAAAUGCCUCCAGAUAUCAUUCUCCAGCCGGAUGUCCACCCUGGGAAGUGCUGGGCCUUCCCAGGUUCCCAGGGUCAUGCCCUAAUCAAGCUUGCCAGGAAGAUCAUACCAACUGCUGUUACCAUGGAGCAUAUCUCAGAGAAGGUGUCUCCCUCAGGAAACAUCUCCAGCGCACCCAAGGAAUUUUCUGUCUAUGGCGUCUCAAAACAAUGUGAAGGAGAAGAAAUUUUCCUAGGUCAGUUUAUAUAUAAUAAAACAGGAACCACCAUUCAAACAUUUGCGCUCCAGCAUGAAGUUUCUGAAUUCUUAUUAUGUAUGAAACUUAAAAUCCUUAGCAAUUGGGGACACCCGAAGUAUACUUGUUUAUAUAGAUUCAGGGUUCAUGGCACCCCAAGAGAUGACACCUAG